AUGGAAGACUCGGCGCCAGUUCGGGAUGACACAUCGGACAAGUCCUCGGGCAAGUCCCCUUCCACUGUUGUCAUAUGCGACGAUGGAGACAUCGUUCUGGACGUCACAUUCGAGACAUCCAGAGAGACCAUCGCCGCCGCUCGAAAGACUUGGCACGCGGCCAGCAAGAAAAUCGGCGCCCCGCGCAUUCCCCAACCCAACCUGAACCCGAGCAUCAAAGUCGCCUAUCGCGUUAAGCUUUCCGUCUUGAAGAGGCAUUCCCGGUACUUUGAGAACCUCCUUGGCAAUAAACAGUUCUCCGAGGCGAGCAACGUCGAAGAGACGCUCGCCCGUCUGGCUGCCGAGAAGCUUAAGCUGGCCGAGGUGGAUGCUAGGGACUUGCCCUGGAUCACCAUCGUUGACGAUGACGAGGCUACCAGGUCCGUCGGCCGGGAGAAGGUUUUCGAGGACUUGAUGAAGAUCAUGCACGGGAAGCAGAUACAAUCGACGACUGUCAAUAUGCUCCAUGUGACUACCCUGGCCAUUUUGGCGGACCGCUUCGAUUGUCGGUCCGUGGUCUCAAGGUAUAUUAGUAUCGAGCUCAAGUUCAAAUGGCCCCUGACGAAUGCCAAACAUGCACGAGCAAGCACGCAAAAGAAAACCGUAGACGUCGAGAACCUGCUGAGACAGAAGAUCCUCGUCGCCUGGCUGUUGGAGCAGCCGCCCAGGCUCCACACCUACACGCGAGAGCUGAUUCUCCGCGGCUCUGUCCGCUGGAGUUCCUUGUCUGUGGACGAGUUCUCACGUACGGAGCUGUGGUGGCAUCUGCCGGACGGCUUGGAGCGAGAGUUGCAGUACCGUCGAGAGUGUGUCCUAAAUACCAUAGCCUCGGUUCAUCGCCACUUCCUCUCCCUGUAUUCCUCUCGCGAUAGGCAAUGCAAACUCGGAUACGACUCAAGCUCCGCUUGCGACUCGUUCCAGCUGGGCCAGAUGAUCAAGUUCUUCGCGGGUAAAGAGCUGAUAGGCAUCGUCGACUUCGGGCCCAGCUCGUAUGACAAUAUCCCAGACUCAUCAGUCAUCGACAUUGAGGAGAUCCUAUUCAUGUUGAAGCAAGCUCCGGGCUACCAGAUCGACAAGCACCACACCAACUGCGGUAUUCGGACACGUCUCGAGCCGAUAGUGGAAUACAUCAGGUCCAUGCUGUCAUCGACCGUCCUCUCGAUAUCCCAGGUUGACUGGAAGAAUGCCCGGGUGUCGGCCUCCUGGGCGCCCGACGACAAAGAGGGUGCGGAGUCGGACAGAGAAGAGAAGAAAUUCGAGUUCACUCGAGGCUUAGCCAGCGACCAACGUCUUCGAUACGAGGGCAACCUGUAUGCUGAUAAGAUGGCGCGCAGGCUUUUCACUGCUGACAAGUGGGACUGGACCCCCGAAUAUUGA